GAAGUAGCUAGUUUUUUCAAUACCUUCAAAGGAGAGAGGAGGGGAAAAAAUAGAAGGUGAUUGAUUCAGACUAAACAUAGCUCAGCUACCAGUAAGUGAAAGAGAGAGUAUUUAUUAUGUAACUGUUGAUUACUACAUCCACAUGUAAUACUUUGGAAUGCCUGUUCAUUGUAUGGCUUAAAGAACUCAAAAGUCACAAAAUGUUGUCACACAGAUGACAAUUUGAAUUAUCAUGUAGAUGAUAAUUAGAUAGUAGCAAAGUGUUUAUUCAUGCUGAGCUUUCAUCUUCGUUACAUAAGCAAUACUACUGUAGAAAUACUGCUUUGUUUUGAAGCAGGGUAUGUUGAAAUGCAUGUAUGUCACUCAUCGUUUUCACUGAGUUGCAGCCUUUUCCCAAUUGUUACGUAAGGUAUGUGUCUAUUCAGGGAAGAACAGAUCCAGUUAUUAAACAUAAUGCAGUGUUACUAGCUUAUUUCUCCAUGCGUGUUACUUGUUUCUGUCAUAAACCCAACCUUGAAGAGACUAAGGUGCAAAUUUCUGAAGACUGCUGGAACAAAUUCCUUGGUGGUUGAGACAGUUUGUUAAGAGGUCAAACCUUAGAGAAGCUCAUCACGUUAACAGCUCUUAGUUGUGUAGGCUCUCCUUUCCAGCUUCUCAAGAGAUGCAUGUGCUUUCUUUUCAUAAGAAUAGAUUGUUACACUUGUAUGUCAGUCACCUCAGUAGCCUGCAGAUCAGGAGGUGUCAGAUGUGGAAAAUGUCAGGUAAGUUUUUGACAAGGUGGUCUGGCUUCUGGCGGGUUUUCCUGGGCUUUGUUUUUUUUUUCCACCAUAAUGAGAUACUAAGGAAAGCUCCCAUCCUAAGUGUCAAAUACAUGCAGUGCAUCUGACUUACUCCAACAUCUUGGACAUUUAAUGUACUCAAGUCAGAACAGUGAUUGAGUUGCCCUCUUUUAAGAGCUGAGAGCAAACACGUAUACUCUUCCUAAGUGCAAGAUGACUCAGGUAUAUGUGAUUUUUAAUAUCCUGCCAGAGAGAGCAGAGAAGAGAUCUGCAUUCGGCAGAGGUCAAGGGUUAGUGUAGUGUUACAAGAUAUUUUCUGUGUGCAGAGUGGCAGCCUCAAGAGGCCUCACUCAUGCUGUGAUGUGGACAUGCUGAACAUGUAAUUAGCGGAACCUUUGAGUAUGGUCCUCAGCUCACUGUAAAAUGAAGCAGCUCUUGAAGCACUUAAAACCAUUACUGUGGAUUAACAGCAGAAUAGAAUUCAGUCUUGAAUGGAUUUAGGUAGGCUGCCCUGCGUCAGUAUCUCAAACCAAAAAUUCUUCUGCUCUUCUCUGAUCUCUGGUUCAGAUGACAAAGGUUGUUUGGUGGAGUGGUGCAGUGUGCCGUGUUGUGAGAUCACUGUCUUUUGUGCCAAAAACCAGCAUGGGAAUCUCACUUUUUGCUCCUGUUUUGCUGAGCGGCCUCUGAAGUUUGUUUUUGCUGUUAGUUGUACAAACCUUUUCUGUGCUUGGCAGUUGUUUUGUAUUUUGUCUUUAAAAAAGUCUGUGAAGGGGGCAGCAAAAUUCUGGAUUCUUCUGGGGGCACACACGUUAAAGUUUGUUGUUGCUUAUAGGAAGUUCUCGGGAAUUGGCUUCUGCAGUUGAUAGAAUUUGUGUAGCCUGAGAUUAGCUUAGAUGUAUGUAAUUUGCUCUUACUAAAGUAAAUUGCUCUUAAAUACUUUUUUUCCUACAAAAUGAUUGAUAUACUAUGAAGUAGUAAUAGGUUAAACUGCACCUGGUAAAUUAGGAAACCCGUUUCUUAACUUGAUCGUACCAAAAUCAAGUUGUGUAAUUUGUGCAAACAAAUUGUGUUAAGAAGCAAGGUCCUUGCUCAUGUCUGUAUGUUAGGCAUUAACACAUGGACAACUUUUUAAUAGCAAAAUGGACAGAUGAUAACAUGAUUUAUUUCUUACUGUGUUUUCCCUGUCUUUAUUGUCUUUCUUCCCCAAUCAUCUUUAUUUCUCUAGAGAUCUACUGUACGUGAGGACUUUCAAGAAACCUGUACGGUUUGAAUACCUUGGAUUGUUCCAGUGCCUGAAACUUUCAUGAUGAAGAGAGCUAGGCAGAAUGUUACAGUUGAAAAUGCAGUUCCUCAAACAUCACAGAAAAACAAAAAACAGAAAACUUGCUUGUAUGGGUCAGCCUUUGAUGAAUCCGACCUCCAUGCCUCAAUGGACUGGGGAAGCCUUCCACACCAUGUUAUUCUGUGCAUUUUCCAGUUUCUACCUUUGGUAGAUCGAGCCAGGGCAUCUUCCGUCUGUCGAAGGUGGAAUGAAGUUUUUCACAUCCCAGAUCUCUGGAGGAAAUUUGAAUUUGAACUUAGCCAGCCAGCUACUUCUUACUUAAAGUCUACUCAUCCCGAUCUGAUUCAGCAGAUUAUCAAGAGGCAUGCUGACCAUCUGCAGUAUGUCAGCUUCAAGGUUGAUAGUAGUACUGAGUCAGCAGAAGCAGCCUGUAACAUCCUUUCUCAGUUGGUGAACUGUUCUAUCAAGACUCUGGGUUUGAUUUCUACAGCAAAACCAAGCUUCAUGAAUGUCUCUAAGGCUCAUUUUGCUUCAGCACUGACAGUGGUUUUUGUAAACUCCAAGUCGUUAUCAUCAAUCAAGAUAGAUGACACACCACUGGAUGAUCCUUCUUUGAAGGUUCUUGUUGCUAACAACAGCGAUACUCUAAAACUGCUUAAAAUGAGCAGCUGUCCUCAUGUAUCACCUGCUGGAGUUCUUUGUGUUGCUGACCAGUGUCAUGGACUUAAGGAGCUGGCUUUGAACUACUACAUACUGAGUGAUGAACUGUUGCUGGCUCUUUCAAGUGAAAAACAUGUGGACCUUGAACACCUUCGCAUAGACGUUGUGAGUGAAAAUCCUGGACAGGUUGAAUUUCACACUAUUAAAAAGCAAAGCUGGGAUGCUUUUGUUAAACACUCCCCCAAAGUCAACAUUGUGAUGUAUUUUUUCUUAUACGAAGAAGAAUUCGAUGCUUUCUUCAGAGAGGAAACCCCUGUUACACACCUUUACUUUGGCCGAGCAGUGAGCAAAGCGAUGUUAGGUCGUAUUGGCCUGAAUUGCCCGAGGUUAAUUGAGUUGGUUGUGUGCGCCAAUGGACUUCAACCUUUGGACGAUGAACUUAUUCAGAUUGCUCAGCGCUGUAAGAACUUAACAGCAAUGGGACUUGGGGAAUGUGAAGUAACGUGCAGGGGUUUUAUUGAAUUUGUAAAGAUGUGUGGAGGCAGGCUCACACAGCUUUCUAUAAUGGAGGAGGUGCUGAUUCCGGAUAACGAUUAUAGCUUAGAUCGACUUCAUUUGGAGGUCUCCAAACACCUGGGAAGAAUGUGGUUUCCUGAUAUGAUGCCAACAUGGUAAACACUCUUGAGCUGUAGAUAAACAGGUAGAAUCAGGGCGUUACUUUCUAUGCAAAUAAAGAUUUUUAAAACAAAAUGUGAAAAUUUAUUUUCAUAUUUGAUUUUUUUUUUACCUUGAGAACCUCUAAUAGCGUAACAGUAAGAUAUUUCAAGAAUGUUAAUGAUAUAUUGAAAUUGAAAAUAGAUCAAGUGUACUUAACACUGAAAAUAAGUCUGUGGUUUACAGGUGCUUCAUACUUCAGUGAACUUGAGCUUCUCUGAGCUCCAGUUUUAAUGUUUCAUUCAAAUUGAAGAUUUUUUUUUCCCAUGUCUUUUUUUUUAGUUUUUCUGCUGUAGUCAGAAGAACACGAGAAAAUUUUCUCCUUGAGUAAAGCUAACUUUAUGGGAAGCUGGAUAUAAGUAUUCAUGAACUCCAAGCUUUAUUUGUCUUCAAGUCUUAUGCAACUGUUUUUCAAAAUAUUCCCAUUACACGUGUAAGUUUGUACAUAAAAAAUACUUAACACCAUCCCAGGUUAUUCAAAUAUAAUCUAUCUUAAACUCCUGACAGUAUAUUAAAAUGUUGUAAAUAAGUUUAUGCAACAACAAAGAAGGCUUUCAGAUUUUAAGUUGCACUUUAAGUCACUUUAUCAGAUUAGCUAAACCAUAGAGACAGCGUUGUACAGUAUGUUGUUUUUCUGUCUUAUGCAUUAAGUGGAUGAAAAAGAGAUGGUGUUAAAGUUAACGAGUUUAAAAGUUAAGGGUAAAUUGAGCGCUUGGAAGAAUGACAAAACACUUCUGAGUUUGAGUUUGUAUCUUUGAUUACAAAGUUUGAUGUCUGAAUGCUGGUUCUGUGCUCUCUUUAUUAAGAGAUAAGAAUGCCACGAAUGUGGCUAGUGGAAAAGAAGGAUCAGAUGGAAUGCAGUUGUCUUCAAUCACUUUCUGAAGUCAAGGGUUUAGAGCAUUUCACACAAUUACCAGUUAUGACCUUCAGUAGUCUCCUCUUGCCUUUCUUGUCUAGAGCUGUGCUGUAAGCCCUGGUUUCUAGAGUAUGUAUUGCUGGAGGCGAUGCUGAGACUUCUGGUUUGGGAGGUAUUAUAGGGCUGUUUUAUAUUAGUUCCUAAUUUUUUUAAUGAAGAUUUCUUCUUUAUUUUCUUUACAGUGGGAAGGAAUAGUGAAUUCCUGUGAAAUAGAGUAUGUAUUUUUGCGAUGAAGUUUUGCACUCAGUUUGUGAAUUGAAUUGUGUAGUAUACAAACUUUUCUGUAAUUUUUUUCAUGCUGCUUUUCUGUAUUCCUCUUUGUAAUAAGAAAUAUUUUACUGGUGGUAUUUGUCACAUCUGAUAAAAUGUCAUAGUUUCUUCCAUGGUUAUACUUUUCUACAGUUUAAAAAAAAAAAAAGACUAGAGGCUUAAACCUCUGUUGUAUUGAUCAAGACUUGUUCACAGUUACAAGCUAAAGGAAUUCCAAUAAUAUAUAAUGCAUGUCUAAAUCAAUAAUGUAUUAUUUCUUGUUGCACAAUUAAGGAAAGAAACAUCUGGCUCUGGUUACUAGCACUUAUUACCCAAGUAUUUGCUUCCCUAAGUAAGGGGAUUGAAUAAAAGACUGAGGUAUUUCCAAGCAGUUCUUGGUUUAAGAUGUGUGAUUUGCUUUAACUGUAAAUGUAAUAAACUGAUCUAAUACCUGCACUGA